AUGUCAAAACCCAUUGCCCCAAAUCUCUGUUUUCUCAAGAAAUCGAGGCGAGCCAGGAAGUUCAAGCUGCUGAAGCACUACAACUAUGGUUUUCUUCAAGAGUACCAGUUCUCUCCUUCAAACAGUGCUCCUCUGUUUCAGCACCGCAGGAAGGCUCUUUUCGAUAAGAGAAAUGGUAAAGAUAGCUAUUCCCUGUUCUUCUGUCUCAGCAGGUGCUUUUGGGGGUCGAGGGCUGGGUGGGGAGAUGGAGGUUGUGCGCUGGAGCUGGACACAGCAGUACUGCCCGCCAUUGAAAAUGGGGCUGUUAAUUUUGCGAGGGAGUACUCGCCAGAGCCUCUGGAUUCCGGCGAUGAAGAAGACGACUCAAAUGUUGAUCAGAGAGCAGAGAGGUUUAUUGAGAGAUUCUAUGAAGAGAUGAGGAAACAGUCGAGGGAAUCAGUUUUGCAGCUCAUGACAGUGGAGUGA